AUGGGUCUGCUGAGUUCUAAAAACCGCAGAGCCAAGCAAGCUCAAAUUCUUCUUCUGGGACUAGACUUGGCAGGGAAGUCCACUCUCCUUUACAGAUUAAAGCUCGCUGAGGAUAUUGCCACCAUCCCUACUGUAGGGUUCAACGUGGAGAUGAUUGAGUUGGAAAGGGACCUCCCACUCAUGGUCUGGGAUGUCGGAGGACAGGAGAAAAUGAGAGCAGUUUGGGGUUGUUACUGUGAGAACACAGAUGGGCUGGUGUACGUUGUGGACAGCACGGACCAGCAGCGACUGGAAGACUCCCGGAGAGAGUUUGAACACAUCUUGAAGAAUGAACACAUAAAAAACGUGCCUGUGGUCCUGUUAGCCAACAAGCAGGAUAUUCCUGGAGCUCUGACCGCCGAGGACAUCACCAGGAUGUUCAAAGUGAAGAGGCUCUGCAGUGACCGGAACUGGUACGUGCAACCCUGCUGUGCCAUCACUGGGGACGGGCUGGCCGAAGGCUUCCGGAAAUUAACUGGAUUUGUGAAAAAUCACAUGAAAUCACGAGGUGAUACUUUAGCACGCUUCAAGCAGAACUGAGGCUGUGGAAAGUCCAGGCCUCAAAACAGGCACUGAUGAAGUCGAAAGGGUAAUUUUUUUCCCCAUGCCAAGUGAAAAAAGGAAGUUAUUGAGUUGGCAAGCUUUUUCCUGAGAUGUUAUUUCACCU